GGGGACGGAGUGUCACUUAUACCCGUGUGUGUGUGUGUGUGUGUCACCACCGCCACCUAUGUAUAUAUAUCGGCCGACGAAAAAAAUGCCAGUUGGUGACAUCUGACAACGCAGAUCACACGGAGCAACAUGAAAGUCGUGGCCUUCAUCGUCCUGGCUGUGGCCUCCGCCAGCUGGGCCGAGGAGCAGAAGAAGCCGGAGAAGAGGGGCCUGAUCGGUCUCGGCUACGGAGCCUACCCGGGGCUCAGUCUGGGGCUGGCCGGCGACCCCACCCUGUCGCACGCCCCCACAUUCACCCUCUCCCACGCCCCCACACUCUCCCACGCCCCCACAAUCACCGUCUCCCACGCUCCGGUCACCAUCUCUAGCCCCUCCAUCUCCCACGCGCCAACGCUGAGUGUGUCCGCUCCGACCGUAGCGCACGCGCCGUCUGUGGCCGUGGCCACCCCUGCCGUCGCCCAUGCGCCCACUGUCUCGGUGGCCACCCCUGCUGUGUCUCACGGACCCCUCACCACCAUCUCACAGGUGAGCUUCGACACGACGCACUACACGCCGGUGCUGUCGCGGACGUCGUCCGCCCCCGUGACGCUGUCCGCCGCCGCCCCCAGCCUGGUCUACAGUCAGGACCUGGCACUGGGUUACGCCCCCGCCGCCCCCGACCUGGCGCUGGGCUACGGCCACGGGUUCGACUACGGCUUCAGUCUCAACCAGCACUAGAGGGCAGCGUACCAGACAGAGGCGGCUGCAAUGCUGCCAGCAUUACCGAGCA